CCUACCUACCGACGUCCAGCGUCCCUAUCGUCGCAUCGAUUUCAUCUUAUCUCGCGUUCAAACUCACAAACAUCGUUUUACGAUGAAAAGACAAAAUGUUCGAACUUUAUCUUUAGUUGUUUGUACGUUUACUUAUCUACUGAUUGGUGCGGCUGUGUUUGACGCUCUUGAAUCAAAAGAAGAAAGUAGACGAGAUGAGUUACUUAAAACUUCGACGAGCGCUCUCAAGAACAAAUACAACAUAUCAGAAGAUGAUUACAGGAUGAUCGAACUCGUAAUCACAGAAUACAAACCACACAAAGCGGGACCUCAAUGGAAAUUCGCGGGAGCAUUUUAUUUCGCUACUGUAGUCUUAGCUAUGAUCGGCUACGGCCACUCGACACCUGUGACAGCAGGCGGGAAGGCUUUCUGUAUGGGAUACGCAAUGGUCGGUAUUCCUCUGGGCCUUGUAAUGUUCCAAAGUAUUGGUGAACGUUUGAACAAAUUUGCUUCAGUUGUUAUCCGACAAAUUAAAAAAUAUUUGCAUUGCAAAAAAAUUGAAGCGACUGAAAUGAACCUAAUGUUCGCCACCGGAAUGCUUUCUUCCAUCAUUAUCACAACAGGAGCUGCGGUUUUUUCGCGAUACGAAGGCUGGACCUACUUUGAUAGCUUUUACUACUGUUUUGUAACACUGACAACUAUCGGGUUCGGCGAUUACGUCGCGUUACAAAACGAUAACGCUCUCAAAGACAAGCCGGGAUAUGUGGCUCUGAGUCUUGUCUUCAUCUUGUUUGGCUUAGCUGUGGUCGCUGCGAGUAUCAAUCUACUCGUCCUUCGCUUCAUGACAAUGAAUGCCGAAGAUAUUCGACGUGAUGAUCAAGACUUGCAGUCGUCCUCUCACCACGUUUUGACCCUUGAUGGUGAAGUAAUGGCUGUAAAUGGAAAACUGCUAGCGGGACACGCAUUUGUGGGAGAACCCGGAGAAAUCGACCAAAUGUCGGUUUGUUCGUGCAAUUGUCUUGGUCUUAACCACGGCGAAAACCAAGAACUGCUCCUAGACACGAGCUACCACCCCUCACAAACCGUUUUGGCUUCCAGUUUAAAAAUAAAACGAGCAUCUGUGUGACACAAUUUUAAACACAAAUACAGUCUUCAGUAAAUCCCCGAAACGACCAGCAACAGGUGUACCAACCCCUACAGAGAGAUUCUACAAUUCCCAUCGGUUCCAAACGCUCAAAUAUGCUUGUAUGAUCACUCUGUAUAUAUCGCGUAGUGGUGUGAUCGAUGUACUUGGUUUUUGAUACUUUUAGACCAAUAAAUGUUGUAAUUAAAUGUUA